CCUUUGUCAAACCCCGUCCCUAAAUCCAAUCCGACGUUCGCUCGUUCCCCUUUUCGGCCCCUCAUCGCGGCGCAGCUCCUUUGAGCCUGAUUCAGGAAGAGUAAAAAAAAUUCAAAACCUACCCUUCAGCAGGAGAGAUUCCCAACAUUCGUUCCAUCAUGGCGUCGCCCUCUCUUUCGAGCUUGGAGCAGCGCAAUCGCCUCCCCACGCUCUUCGAGGUCCUCAGUCGCCGGACCCUCGCUCCCGUCGACCUGUUUUCCUUCUAUAUCUAUAUGCGGGAUCAACAGCGCUCAGUGGAUUAUCUGGACUUCUGGCUCGAUGUCUCGCAACACAUGUCCCUCUGUCGUCAUUACGUUCGGGAACUACGUCGGUCCGUUUUGGUAGCUACGCCUGAUCUUGAGAAAGCCGACAGCAAAGGAUCUUCCGGGGCAUUGGAUAAUUUCGAGCAUUACAACGACAUCCCACUCGUUGAAGCUGGUCCCUCCAAUUCACGCCAUGGAUUAAACGACGUCGGCGACCGGGAUGCCGACCAGAGACUGUCUGCAUUUCUCCGCUCUGAAGGUCAAACAUCCGGACACUCGCCUCAAAGCAGCCUUGGUUCGCAGAAUGCUGCUCGCACCACAUCGAAUGAGCUGCAACCUCGGGACAGUUCUGGGACUCGGAAUGACUCGCCUUCGCCAGGCCAUACGGUGGCACGUGCCGAUAUUCGCGCCAGCGCAGAGAAGAUCCUCUACACGUACCUGCUUCCGGGGGCAGAGAGAGAAAUCGUUCUUCCCGAGGAGAUGGUAUCCGGCAUCAUCAAUCUCAUUGAAGACGAUGGCAGAGAUGAUCCUGAAGUAUUCGAUCCGGCGAAAGACUAUGUCUUUCAGGCAAUGGAGCGCGACGCUUUUCCAGGGUUCUUGCAGGCCAAAGCUUUGGGAAAUCUGGUCCCCUUGACGAUUCUCGCACGGCUCGCGUUUGCCCUAAUUAGCUUCGGUGGAGGCUUCUGGGGCGCGUUCUACGUGGUCCUCCGGGAUAAACCACGGCAUAUCCGUUGCUGGUUGAUCUUGCCUUUUGCCAUUGCCUCUUACUUCAUCGUCUCGUACCAGUACAAGAUUGACCCGGUCAUGGCGUUCCUCGGCUACAGCGAGUACACGUUCAUGAACUGGUCGCCGAUUCGCGAGCCAUACGUGCGCAAAUUGCUGAACAAGCGGGCCACGGCCACGGCCAUGAUCGCCUUCUUUGUCGCCGCAGCGUUGAGUAUACUGUUCAUCUUUGUGCCCGGUACUAUGCUCUAAUCUCCGUAAUAUUGCGUAUACCCUUGCCGAUUUCCAUUUCGAAAUCUGUUUCAAUUUCUACGGCCGCGUGAUACCGCUUUUGGGCAGCAUAUAUGUGCAUCUUGA